AUGGAUUCUGAUAAUUCAGUCAAUCGACGCCGCAUUCAACGUUCUCACUCUCCGCCAACCUACAAACUUGAGGAUGACGACGAUACCUAUGUUCCUUAUGUCCCAGUUGCUCAACGUCGCCAGGAAAAGCUUGCCAAACUUUCUUCAUGGGGUAGAGCAAAGAAUGGUGCUCAAGAUACGCAGCGGGCGCAGGAGGAGUUAGAGGACGAGGCAAAGGAGGAAGAAAAACGGCGAGAGAAGGCGCGGAAAGAGAGAACAUUGUUGAUGGAAGCGCAAGACGUUCACUCACGGAAAGCUGCAGAAGAUGCGAAGAAGACCGAAGAACAAAAGGCCACCGAAGAAGAAGAAGAAAUUCUUGAGGCCAUCAGAAGCCGUAAGAAACUCUUAUCUGACCUCGAAUUGGCAAAGGGUAUUCAAUACACUGAAUCUCUCAAGACAAGCUGGCGGCCUCCGAAAUACAUCAGAGAUAGGACUGAGCAGGAACACCAGCGGAUCCGAGAAAAGUAUGCUAUCAUCGUCGAAGGCGAGGACAUACCUCCUCCGAUUGAACACUUCGCUGAUAUGAAGAUUCCUCAAUCAAUUCUGGAUUAUCUGAAAUCGCAGCGUAUAACAGCUCCAACCCCGAUUCAAUUACAAGGCAUUCCUACUGCAUUCUCAGGAAGGGACCUCAUUGGAAUCGCUUUCACCGGUUCUGGCAAGACUCUCGCCUUUUGUCUUCCUCUAAUUAUGCUUGCGUUAGAAGAGGAGACAAAAGUUCCGCUCGUGCGCGGUGAAGGGCCAGUUGGCGUUAUCCUGUGUCCGUCUCGAGAGCUUGCAAAUCAAACAUACGAGAACGUCUUGACUUGGACUUCUGCAUUAGCGAAAGAAGGGCGGUAUCCAACACUGAACACGCUACUUUGCAUGGGUGGUAUAUCAAUGAGCGAACAAAGCCACACAAUGAGUAAAGGUUUGCAUAUAGUAGUGGCUACACCCGGUCGGCUCAUAGAUAUGCUUGAAAAGAAGAAAUUCACGUUCAACAACUGCAAAUAUCUCUGUAUGGAUGAAGCGGAUCGGAUGAUUGACCUUGGUUUCGAGGAUGAUGUCAGGAAUAUCAUGAGUUUCUUUAAGCGGCAACGUCAGACUCUCCUCUUUUCCGCAACCAUGCCUCGUAAAAUCCAAGAUUUUGCCCAGCAGUCACUGAUUCGACCCAUUCUGGUGAAUGUUGGCCGUGCUGGCGCCGCCAAUUUAGAUGUGUUGCAGGUGGUUGAAUAUGUCAAGCAGGAAGCUAAAAUGGUAUAUCUGCUGGAGUGUCUGCAGAAAACUCCACCGCCUGUCAUCAUCUUCAGUGAAAAUAAGAACGAGGUCGAUGAUAUCCAAGAGUACCUACUAUUAAAGGGCGUUGAAGCAGUCGCUAUCCAUGGAUCCAAAACCCAGGAAGAACGUCAAUAUGCCAUCAAAUCUUUCAAGAGUGGUGCGAAGGAUGUUAUGGUCGCAUCUGGCGUGGCUUCAAAAGGUCUCGACUUCAACGAGAUUCAACAUGUCAUCAUUUUCUCCAUGCCCAAGGAGAUUGAAGAUUAUGUACAUCAGAUCGGACGUACGGGACGUAGUGGAAAAACUGGCAUUGCAACUACUUUUGUGAACAUGAACACACCGGAGCAAACACUUUUGGAUUUAAAAUAUCUCCUGAUGGAGGCUGGGCAAAAGGUUCCACCGUUCCUUGCCACGAUAGAGGAUCCCCGGGCGGUCCAGGGUGGAUCACUUAAGGGAUGUCCCGUAUGUGGAGGGCUUGGCCAUGGGAUUAGUAAUUGUCCAAAGUUGGAGGAGACACAGAGGAGGCAGAUGGCAUCUCAUCGUCCGCAGGACGAUGGCGGUUAUUGA